AUGAAUUCAGUGUACAUAGUGAAGACAACUACGGUCUCCGAGAAAGAAAAGCCGAAGCCAGCGUCGCCGCCAUUAGAGGUCCCUCGCCGUGUCUUCAUCGACGGGGAGUGGCGCGAGCCGCUGCUGAAGAAGCGGAUCCCCAUCAUCAACCCUGUGGCGGCGCAUCGUGCAGGGGACGUGCCCGCGGCGACCGCGGAGGACGUAGAUCUCGCGGUGGAGGCCGCGCGAAGGGCGCUCUCGAGGAAUCGGGGCCGGGAUUGGGCGCGCGCCUCAGGGGCCGCGCGCGCCAAGCACCUCCGCGCGAUCGCGGCGAAGAUAACUGAGAGGAAAUCUCAGCUGGCUAAGCUAGAGUCAAUUGAUUGCGGGAAGCCUCUAGAUGAAGCAGCAUGGGACAUUGAUGAUGUUGCUGGUUGUUUUGAGUACUAUGCAGAUCUUGCAGAAGCCUUAGAUAAAAAGCAAAAGGCUCCAAUCUCUCUUCCGAUGGAAACAUUCAAGAGCUAUGUGCUUAAAGAAGCUAUAGGAGUUGUUGCAUUGAUCACUCCCUGGAAUUAUCCCCUAUUGAUGGCUACUUGGAAGGUCGCUCCUGCCUUGGCUGCUGGGUGUACAGCUAUUCUAAAGCCGUCUGAAUUGGCUUCAGUGACUUGUUUAGAGCUUGCCGAUGUGUGUAAAGAAGUGGGGCUUCCUCCCGGUGUCUUAAACAUAGUGACUGGGUUAGGUCCUGACGCUGGUGCUCCUUUAGCAGCACAUCCUCAUGUGGACAAGAUCGCAUUUACUGGAAGCACAGAAACUGGUAGAAGGAUUAUGACUGCUGCAGCUCAACUGGUCAAGCCUGUCUCAUUGGAGCUUGGCGGUAAAAGUCCUCUUAUUGUAUUUGAUGACGUCGACAUUGACAAAGCUGUUGAAUGGGCUUUAUUUGGGUGCUUUUGGACGAAUGGCCAAAUAUGCAGUGCAACUUCUCGUCUCCUUAUACAUGAAAAAAUAGCAAAACAAUUUUUAGAGAGACUUGUUGCAUGGGCCAAAAAUAUUAAAGUCUCGGAUCCAUUGGAGGAAGGCUGCAGGCUUGGACCUGUCGUCAAUGAAGGACAGUAUGAAAAGAUAAAGAAACUCAUCUCAACAGCCAAAAAUGAAGGCGCUACUAUUUUGUCCGGUGGUGUUCGUCCCAAGCAUCUGGAGAAAGGGUUCUUUAUUGAGCCCACGAUUAUAACUGACGUGAACACAUCGAUGCAAAUCUGGAGAGAGGAAGUUUUCGGGCCAGUCCUCUGUGUUAAAGAAUUCAGCACUGAGGAGGAAGCUAUCGAACUUGCUAAUGAUACUCAAUACGGCUUAGGUGGUGGUGUUAUUUCUAAUGAUUUAGAGCGGUGCCAGAGGCUAGCUGAGGAAAUUCAAGCUGGGAUAGUUUGGAUAAACUGCUCACAGCCCUGCUUCUGUCAAGCCCCUUGGGGAGGGAACAAGCGCAGCGGCUUCGGUCGCGAGCUUGGCGAAUGGGGACUCGAGAACUACUUAUCCGUAAAGCAAGUGACGCAGUACGUCUCCGAUGAUCCGUGGGGUUGGUAUGUAUCCCCCUCCAAGCUGUAGACGUGAUAACGGGCGGAGAGAACGGAUAAAUUAUGGGCACAGAGAGAUCGGAUAUAUGUGGACGGUGAGAUAUCUAGGAUCGGUUGGAAUAACUUUAAGAACCUCCUAUUAGGACGGCGAAUAAUAAACAACAAUAAUAGCAUGUAAAAUCUGUUGUACGAAAAUAUAUGCAAUCGUAUUCGACAGUUUGGGCGGCCCGCUUAUCGUGUUCUCGUGGAUCCGUCGAUGAUGGGUUACUGAAUUUCGCAUUGAGAAGUGCUUGCUGAAUCAAUUACUAAGAACUGCGAUCUGAGCUAAUGUGUAAUAAUGUGCUUGAUUU